GGGAGUUUUGGUUCGACCAACGUCGACACGUAUCCGAGUCCCGCCCUGCGCAGGCUGAGCGCAGCCGCGGAGCGAUGUUUGAUGGUGUCGCCUAGCAGCAACCGUUGCCUCCGGUAGCUUCAACGGAGACGGAGACUGUCCAGUUUGACCAAUGUACAUGGCAGAGGGGCAUUGCUGGCACAUGAUGGCAUAUAUCACAUUGGUAGAUGUGCCGGUGAAUGAGCCUGCUGGAAAUGGCCCACCUUGAUUAUCACUACAAAAGGUUUUUUCCCCGCCCGCUCUCCUGCUGGAAAAACUAUUUUAAAUUCAAGAUGCCACCCAAUUUAGAUUGGAAGAAGCUUAUGAGAAUUGAUGCUGACGAUCUGCCACGUCAAGAAGAACUGGCAGAUAGUUUGCUGAUGACUGUAUCCAAGGUUGAAGGAAAUGACUUAAAAGAUGAAAAUCUUGAACAUGUGGUACAUCUUUUUAAAAUUACACAGUCACUAAUGAAGAUGAAAGCCCAAGAGGUAGAGCUGGCUUUAGAAGAAGUUGAAAAAGCUGGGGAGGAGCAAGCCAAAUUUGAAAAUCAAUUAAAAGCAAAGGUUCUGAAACUAGAAAAUGAAUUAGAGAUGGCACAGCGAGCUGUUGGUGGUCGUGAUACUCGGUUUUUGCGUGAUGAGAUCCGUCGGCUGGAAAAGCAAUUGGAACAAAAAGACAGAGAAUUAACAGAUAUGGAAAAGGAGCUAGAAAAAGAGAAGAAAGUUAAUGAACAGCUUGCUCUUCGAAAUGAGGAUGCAGAAAAUGAAAACAGCAAGUUAAGAAGAGAGAAUGAACAACUUCGCCAGGAUGUAAUUGACUACCAGAGACAAAUAGAUUCACAAAAGGAAAUGCAUAUGUCACGUAGAGGAGAUGAGUCUGAUUACAGAUCUCAAUUAUCCAAAAAGAACUUUGAGCUUGUCCAAUAUCUGGAUGAAAUUCAGAGUUUGACUGAAACUAAUGAGAAAUUAGAAGCUCAAAACCAGGAAAUGAGGAAGAACUUGGAAGAAUCAGUGCAGGAAAUGGAGAAGAUGACUGAUGAGUAUAACAAAAUGAAACUUAUUGUGCAGCAGUCUGAUAUUGUUAUGGACCAAUUAAGAAAGGAAAAUGAACAGUAUAAGUUUCAGACCCAGGAACUAGCAGACCAACUUAAAGCAAAAAAUGAAGAAGAUGAUCCCCUCAUAGCAGCUGUAAAUGCAAAAGUUGAAGAAUGGAAGAGAAUCUUGGCUUCUAAAGAUGAUGAAAUCAUAGAAUAUCAGCAGAUGUUGUUUAACUUGAGAGAGAAACUGAAAAUGGCUCAACUUGAUGCAGACAAAAACAACGUUAUGGCACUCCAGCAGGGAGUGGAAGAACGAGACAAUCAGAUCAGGUUGCUCACUGAGCAAGUUGAACAAUAUACAAAAGAAAUGGAAAAAAAUGCAUUGAUUAUUGAGGAUUUGAAAAAUGAACUCCAAAAAGAUAAAGGUUUCUCAUCUCUUGCUCAGCAGAAUCGUAUUAGAGAAAUACAGGAAAAAUUACAACUGCUGGAACACAGAACUAAAGAGGCUGAGAGAGUGGCAGAAUUAGCAGAGUCUGAUGCUAGGGAAAAGGACAAAGAACUCAUUGAGGCUCUGAAGCAAAUGAGAGUCUAUGAAACGGGAAUAUAUGGUUUGGAAGAUGCUAUUGCUGAAAUAAAGGAUUUAAAAAAGCAGAUUAAAAUAAGAGAUCGUGAGACUGAAGGAUUGAUUAAGGAAGUGAACAAACUUGAACUUAAAAUCAGUGAUUUUCUUGAUGAAAAUGAAGACCUCAGGGAACGCUUAGGUCUUGAUCCAAAGACAAUGAUAGAUUUAACUGAAUUUAAAAACAGCAAGGCACUAAAACAGCAGCAGUACAGAGCUGAAAACCAGAUCCUUUUAAAAGAGAUUGAAAGACUGGAAGAAGAAAGAGUUGCCCUGAAACAACAGAUUCGUAAACUGGCUCAGGAGAAAGGAAAAAGAGCGGCAGUGUUAGGAUUGGAUGCAGAUGACCUGCAGUUGAUUGAUAGCUUUACUGAGGAUCUGAAGAUAAAAAAGGGGAAAUCAGACUUCAUGAGCACAGUUAAUGUUGAUGAAGUUAAAGCAAAGAAUGAGCAGAUAUCCAGGGAUUUGUUGGCCAAGAACACAUUAUAUAGAAAUGCAGAACUUGCGCUUGAGAGAUACAGAAGCCAAGCAGUGCAGAAUGAAUACCUUGCAAAAGAAUUAAAUGAGAGAGAGAAAGAUUUGGAAUGGAACAGGACUGCGAUAGCCAAAUUUCAAUCUAAAUUAAAAGAAUUAUCAGAAGAAAACAAGCAGCUUGAGCAAGGAAUGAAAGAGAUAUUACAAGCUGUCAAGGAAAUGCAGAAGGAUCCUAGUGUGAAAGGAGGAGAAACAGCCUUAAUGAUUCCUAGUCUGGAGCGAUUAGUAAAUGCAAUCGAAUCAAAGAAUGCAGAAGGAAUAUUUGAUGCCAGUUUGCAUUUGAAAGCUCAAGUUGACCAGCUUACGGGGCGAAAUGAAGAAUUGAGGCAGGAGCUGAAAGGAUCUCGAAAAGAGGCAACAAAUUUCUCUAACCAAUUAGCAAAUGCUAAUGUAAAGAUUGCACAACUUAAAGAUGAAGUUUGUUUGUUACGUCAAUCGGAAGGCGCCAAUAUAGUAUUCAGAGGAGUAAACCGUCCAGAAGGGAUGACUCCUUCAAGUGCUAAUAUAGUUAAUUCUCAGAACGAAUAUUUAAUACAUCUUUUACAGGAACUAGAAAAUAAAGAACUAUUACUUAAGAAAUUAGAAGAAGCAGUAGAAGAAUAUAAGCGAAAAUUUGCAGUAAUUCGCCAUCAACAAGGCUUGCUAUAUAAGGAAUAUCAAAGUGAAAAAGAAAGUUGGCAAACAGAAUCUGAAAAAAUGAAAGAAGAAAAGAAGAAGCUAGAAGAUCAAAAGCAACAGGAUGCUAUGAAAAUAAAGGAAUACAAUAAUUUACUGGAUGCACUUCAGCUGGGUACGGAUGAAACCAAAAAACUGCUUGCAGAAAACAGUAGAAAAAUGACAGUCUUGAGAGUGAACGAACGGUCACUGACAAGGCAGUAUACAACUUUACUUGAAAUGGAGCGGCACCUUAGAAAAGAAAAUGAGAAACAAAAGGCUGAACUAACAGCAGUGGAGACUGCAGUUGGAGAAAAGAUUGGACACUUGCAGCGAUUCAAGGAACUGGCAAGCUUUAAGAUUGCAGCUUUGCAAAAAGCUUUGGAUGACAGUGUGCCUCUGUCUGAGCUAGAACUGGCUAAUAAGCAGUAUAAUGAGUUAACUGCUAAAUACAGGGAUAUGCUACAAAACGAUAACUUGCUUGUCCAGAGAACAACUAACUUGGAGCACAUGGAGAGUGAGAAUACAUCCUUGAAGGAACAGAUAAAUUCAUUAAAUAAAGAACUUGAAAUCACAAAAGAAAAACUUCACACUGUAGAACAAGCUUGGGACCAAACAACUAAGUUGGGGGGUGACAAUGCCAUGGACAAGGCCACAAAAGCAGUUACCAACAGUGAGAUUGUUUCUAUUUCUAAGAAAAUCACUGUGCUGGAAAUGAAGGAACUAAAUGAAAGACAGAGAGCUGAACACUCGCAACGAAUGUAUGAACACUUAAGAAAUACUUUAAAGCAAGUGGAAGAACGUAACUUUGAACUGGAAACAAAGUUUGCUGAGCUUACUAAAAUCAACCUCGAGGCACAAAAGGUGGAACAGAUUUUAAGAGAUGAACUGACAAACAGUGUGAGUAAAGCAAUAAGUGGUGCUGAUAGACGAAAAAUCAUGGAGCUAGAGAAGAGUGAAAUGGAGCUGAAGAUUGAGGUAUCAAAGUUAAGGGAGCUUUCUGAUAUUGCCAAAAUGCAAGUUGCAGCUCUGGAGGCACGGCAGCAAUCCAGAGAGAAGGAAGUGGAAUCCCUUCGAAUGCAAGUUUUAGACUAUCAGGCACAGUCAGAUGAAAAGGCACUUAUUGCAAAAUUACACCAGCAUAUCGUAGCUCUUCAGAUUAGUGAGACCACUGCUGUGGGCAAGCUAGAAGCACUUACAAUGAAACUGCAAAAGAUGGAGAUUUAUAAUCUACGCCUAGAACAGAAGCUUGACGACAAAGAGCAGGGAUUAUACUACGCCCGACUAGAAGGGAGAAAUAGAGCCAAACAUCUACGCCAGACUGUGCAAUCUCUGCGACGACAGUUUAGUGGUGCUCUGCCAUUGACACAACAGGAGAAAUUCUCUAAAACCAUGAUUCAGCUACAGAACGACAAACUAAAAGUCAUGGAAGAAGUCCAGCAUGCCCAGGAAGAGCGUCGAAACAUAGAGAACAGAGCAAUGGAGAUGGAAUUAAAAGUAAAAGGUUUAGAAGAGUUAAUAGGCACAUUGAAAGAUACAAGAGGAGCCCAAAAGGUAAUUGAGUGGCAUAUGAAAAUGGAAGAACUUCGUCUCCAGGACCUUAAAGUGAAUCGAGAGUUAGUCAAACAAAAAGAAGAGAUGAAAUAUUUGAAUAAUAUCAUUUCUGAAUAUGAGCGUACAAUAAGCAGUCUGGAAGAAGAAAUUGUACAGCAGAGCAAGUUUUUUGAAGAGCGGCAGAUGGCUUGGGAUCAGAGAGAAGUAGAGUUAGAACGUCAACUAGACAUAUAUGACCGUCAGCAAAAUGAAAUACUUAGUACUGCUCGAAAGCUUGAAGAGGCUACAGGUUCGGUUCCAGAUCCUAGUUUGCCCCUUGCACAGCAGCUUGAGCUAGCUUUGAGGAAAAUUAGGGAGCACGUUCGAACAAUCCUAGAAACUCGGGCAACUUGCAACUUAUUAGAAGAGAAACUCAAAGAGAAAGAAACUGCACUGUGGAAAGCAGAACAAAAUGUUUUAUCAAGGGACAGAGUUAUAAAUGAAUUAAGGCUUCGAUUACCUGCAACCGCAGAAAGAGAGAAGAUAAUAGCUGAGCUAGGUCGAAAAGAAGAUGAUCCAGAAUACCACCGUGCCCUGAAAGUUGCCCACCAAACCAUUACAAAUAUGCAAGCAAGACUAAAUCAAAAGGAGGAAGUGUUGAAGAAGUAUCAGCAUCUCCUUGCAAAAGCUAGAGAGGAGCAAGAGGAAAUCGCAAAGAAACAUGAAGACCACCUCCAGGUUCUACAUCAGAAGCUAGAUUUGCAAGCUGAUAAUUCACUUAAUAAAUUCAAACAAACUGCUUUGGAGUUAAUGAAAAAACCUUCUUUAUCAGUUCCCACCAACAAACAUUUCAUUCGUCUGGCUGAGAUGGAACAAACAGUAGCAGAACAGGACAACUCUAUUGCUUUACUUCUAGGCAGAUUAAAGAAAACAUCAUUUGAUUUGGAGAAACAAAAACAACUUACUUUAUUAAAAAUCAAAGAGUUCGAAAACAUCAAGGCUCAGCUUGAAGAAAAGCAUGUAGCUGAAGUGAAAAAAAUGAAAGAUGAAGCAAAUGAAUUGAGGAACCUGUUAUCUCAGAUAGAGAAGGAAUUGCUGCAAGUAAAAACUGAAUUAGAGGCCCAAAAAGAAGCAAAUAAUAGAGCGCCAACAACUACAAUGAAAAACCUAGUGGAAAGGUUGAAGAACCAGUUAGCCUUAAAAGAGAAACAACAGAAAGCUUUGAGUAAAGCACUUCUGGAGCUCCGAGCAGAAAUGACUGCUAAUGCUGAACAGCAGAUUAUUUCUGUAGCAUCACAAAAAGAGGCAUACAUGAAUGUUCAGCAGAUUGUUGACAAACAAACAAAGGAGCUCACGAUUCAUAUAGAGGAAUUAAAUGAGCAACUUACAAAAUUCAAAGAUGCCCUUAAAGUAAGUAAAACUAGAGAGCGCUCUUUAUUAGAUGAGAUGGAUGAUUUAAAUCAAGAACUUCAAAAAAAGCAAAAAGCCAUUACUAAAGGGCUAAGAGAAAAAGAAGAAAUGGAAAAUGAAAAUGAAGAACUGAAAAAGCGGAUAAAAAGACUGACUAACAGCAUUCAGAGCAAAGCUGAUGAACAAAAAUUUAUUGAUGAACUUCAGAAAAAGAUUAAAAAGCUUGAAAGUGAAGUUGAAAAGAGUGAGGAGGUAGAAAAGAAAAGUUUAAAAGAAGACAAGAGCUCUAGGGAAGAAAUAGCUAGGUGGGAAGAGGGUAAAAAAUGGCAAGCCAGAAUGGAAGGGAUGCGGAACAAACUAAAAGAAAAGGAGAAGGAAAUGGACGCUUUAACAAAACAGUUCAGUACAUUAAAGGAACUUUAUUCCAAAUCUGAUAAAGAGAAAAUUGCUUUACAAAAGAAACUCAAGACCAGCAGUAUUACUGUUGACCAUGUUGUGGGAGUGCGGGCAUCAGAGUCAGAGAAAGAGCUGGAAGAACUAAGAAAACGGAAUAUAAACUUAGAAAAUGAAAUUGCUCAUAUGAGAACACAACAAGCUCUCCCACGAGAUUCUGUGGUGGAAGAGUUACAUUUAAAAAAUCAAUAUUUGCAGGAAAAGCUUCAUGCAUUGGAGAGACAGUUUUCAAGAGACACAUUUUCAAGACCUUCGAGUGCUGCAUGUGACACAGCUGCAUUGAUUAAUUCCUCUUUUGCUAACAAUGUCAGUAAGUACAAGCAUUUGAAAUAUCCAUGGAAGAAAACUGCUUCAAGUAAGGGCAAAGUAAAACGCCAACCCACUAUUAGUAUUACAGAUGGCAAUGGAAUAGAUGAGGGUGCAAACAUUACUGAUCAAUGCCAUCAGGCUGCUGGAGAUGCAAUUACUGAAUUAACUCCAGAACAGGAAUCUGAACAUUAUGAAAAACAUGAGAAUUCAAAUAAUCCUAGGUUAGGAUCAAAAGGCAAAAGGAGUAGCUCUCUGAAAACUGAAGCGGAUGACGAGGGUAUCAGUGAUGACCAAGAAAAUGUAACAGGCCCUGAAGAGGGUGAAGUUAAUGAAGAACAUGAUGGAGAGAAAGAAGGGAAGCAAAAAGUAUGCAAGCAAUCAACUAAUAACAAUGAAGGAAGUAGAGCAGAAUCUUGUGCUGAUGCAAUGAGCUUAAAUCAGUUUGAUUCAGAGGAGCCUUCUAAUCAACCUAAUGGUUAUGAGCCAGAAAAUUUAAAAAUUAAUAAUGGAGUGGAUAAACACACUGAAGAAGAUACAAGUGGAAAUCACCAACCUGAUACAGAGGGGACUGAACAAACCCCAGGAAUUUGUGAAAUGCCCCAGGUUUGGCACUAUAGCAGUCCUUUAAUCCUUCACUUCCCUAUUAGCUGCAUUGUUUGUAUGUAUAAAUUAUAUAGACUAAAAUAUUUAUUGUAGAAUAGUUUGUUUCCUGAUACGUAUUUAGUUUUUUUAUUAUCUUCCUGCUUUGUGCUUCUUUAGCAGUGUGUGUUAUGACAAUAUCUUUUAUAUUUAUUAGAGAGAAUAUAUUUUACUAGUGAGGCAGUUACUUUAUUCCCCCAUGUUUUUAUUGGUGAUACUUAAUUCUAAUUAUUUGUGGAAUUAUCAGAGUUUCUUUAUUUUAUUUUUGGAGGUUUCUAUUUUUAUUUUAUAUUUAUUUCAAGGGAGACCAUCCUUAGUUUUUACUGCCUUAUCUCUACUCAUGUUGUAAUCUUGUGAGAGUAAGUUCCUUGUACAUAUUUGCAGAAUUGGGCCAAAUGUGGAGUUUUUUGUUUCCUUGUUCAGAUUUUUUUAGGGUUUUUUUUUUUUUUUUUAAUCCAAGCAGUUUGAUCCUGUUGAAAAAGAGAAAAGGUUCUUGGGAUUUUUCUUUUUCUUCUGAGACUAACUUUGCAUAAAUUAUACUAACAGAGCCUCUUGGCUAGUGACAAUUUAUAGCUGUUUCAAAGUUGAGUCUCUGUAAAAGUAUACAAGAAAUAAUUACAUGUAUCUUUUAUUAAUUAUUGCAUUUGUUCAUCUUACUCAGUGCUCAGAUUCUGUGGUAAUAAAUUUGAUACAAAAUACCGAGAUGGAUAAUUACAGUAUGGUCUAGUAGUCCCAAGAGUGGACUGGUACUCAGAGGACCUGGCUUCUAUUCCUGGCUCUGCCGCUGAUGCUCUGGGUGACCUUGGGCAAAUGACUUCACCUCUGUGUCUGUUUCCCCUUUGUGAAAAUACGGAUAAUAAUGCUUGCCUUCUUUAUUAAGAUCUAUAGAUGAAAAGUGAUGUAUAAAAGCUAGGUAUUACUAGGGACCAGAUUCAGAUACCCUUUUCCUGUUGAGAUACACUUGAGUCUGAAUGAUCUGACUUCAGUGGGGAACUGAUUAUAGUGUGAAGUGCUAUCAGUGUGACUAAAUGUAUCAGAAGGUGGCUCUAAAAUAGAUGCUAUUCACAAGUACAGUAACCCUGUUUAGAACCCUGGAAUUUUUUCACUUACUAGAUUUUGAGAUUUCAAAAAUCAGUGUUUAUUUUUGCCGAACAGAAGUUUAUACUGUUUUAUACCUUCGCUUCACUUAAUUAAAGCAAAUUUUUAAAAUGUUCAUAAAGGAAUUAAAGGAAGAAGUUGAGUCAAAGGUCCACAUUAGCUUUCUCUAUCUGCUUUUUUAACUUAAUGUGGUAAAAAAAUACUGAAAGGUGAACUCUAUAAGAAGGUAUCUUGCUGUAUAAACACUUUGUUUCAGUAUGGAAUGUAAUGUUAUUGCCCAGAUUAUUGAUCUUUAUCCAGUGUAACUAAUGUAAGGAUUAAUACCUCAACAUUUAAUAAUAUUUUAUUCUGCUCCUUCCCUUU